AUGGAAAAGUAUGAAUGCGUCGUUGAAGAUGCUAUCGAUUCAAGAGCUGCCGUGCUGACCUCCCUGGGGCAGUACCUAUGGCAAAAUCCGGAAGUGGCAUUUGCCGAGCGGAAAGCCCAUGACUACAUAAGCGAUUACCUCGAGAAAGAAGGAUUUCAAGUGGUGCGAAAGUACGUGCUUCCAACGGCCUUCCGCGCGGAAUUCGGAGAUGGGGACGUAACCGCUGCUUUUCUGUGCGAGUACGACGCCCUUCCGGGUCUUGGCCACGCUUGCGGUCACAACCUUAUUGCGCAGGGCUCGGUAGCGGCCGCGGUUGCCGUGAAAGAGGUCCUGCGACAAGCAUCGUUGGCAGGCAAGGUAGUGAUGCUUGGCACGCCAGCCGAAGAAGGAGGUGGUGGCAAGGUGCACCUCCUGAGAGGUGGAGCCUUCGACGGUAUUGACUACGCGCUCAUGGCCCACCCGAGCUCCCGUAACGUAGCUGCAUGCCGCACUACAGCUGUCACCAAGUAUGCGGUGACCUACAAGGGGCUCCCCGCUCAUUCAGCUGGGGCACCCUGGCAAGGCCGCAAUGCCUUGGACGCUGCUGUUGCUGCCUACGUUAAUGUCGCCAUGCUCAGACAGCAGGUCAGGCCCGAAUGUCGCUUAUCAGGCAUCUUUCGCAAAGGCGGUGACCAGCCCAACAUCAUACCGGCCGAUGCUGCGCUGGAAUUCGAUUUGCGCGCUCCAGAAGCUUCGCAACUCGACGAGCUCCAGCGCAGGGUUCGCGCCUGCUUCGACGCCGGAGGUCGAAGCGCAGGGUGCGAGCUGAGCGUGGAGCAGCCAAUGCCCAUGUACAAAAACCUCGUGCCAAACUUGGUCAUGGCAAAGGUUUACAGGGCUUACGCGGAAAAGCAGGGACUGCAGUUCCCGGAUGGUGACGUGUCUCCGGCUAGCAGUGCGUCCACUGACGUUGGCAACGUGUCGCACGCCAUUCCAACUAUUCAACCUUACUAUGCGUUAGAGGCUGCCACGUCUGGUGGGAACCACACCGAAGGCUUCCGUGAAGCCAGCAAUGACCAGCGCUCCUACGACGUAACCCUGAAGGUCGCCAAGGCGUUGGCACUUACCGCCAUAAGCGUUAUGAGUGACUCUGUAAUUAGGACAAACAUGAGAAAAGAAUUUACAUGCUCACCGAAAUCAGCGCUAGAAGAAGAACGAGUUGACAGAAGCAGUCAAGUGGAAAUGGGGUCGAAACUGUAGGCCCAUUUUCUAUCGCUAUGACGAGUAGACGUGACAGUAAUUAUAAGCGACGAAAUAAAUGUAAAUGCACAUUUGUUCGAGAUGGAAACAGACCACGGUCAAAUAAUUGUUUUGAGGGUAUUACAGAAUACACUGUGGUAUCCAGGAGCAAAUGGUUCAUAAACAAGUGACCGCAUUCGCUAGAAUAGCGUAUGGUAAAUUGGGUCGUUCUUGCAAGGAUGUUGUGGGCAGUGAAUCGGUUUGAAUAUUACAUUAUCUGAUAUAGGAACUUAAACUAAAAGCAUCUGCCCUUAAAUGCUCUAAGCACUUUUAAAACAGAGUAAUAGAUUAAUCGCUUUAAUUAUUAUUGGAUGCAGAUACUGUAAUUUCUUAGGAAGCAAUAUCCGAAUGUUUGUAUUACAGAUGUUCGCAAGCUUCAAUAAACCAGUGUUUCC